GCGGCUCCUUCCUUCCGUCCUUCCCGCCCCGGCCCCCGCCCGCCGGCUCCGGGACGGCAGCCACGUCUGAAAGCGCCUCAUUGUGUGCGCUCUUCCCCGGCCCGCGGCGCGCGGAGCAGCGGCUCGGGCAGAGCAGGGCUCGCGCGCUCGGGCGCGGGGGCGCGGGGGCGCGGGGGCGCGGCGCCCGGCCGGGUGAGGCUGCGGGGCAGGAGUGCCCGAGUCUGUGUCUGGCCGCUGCCCCACGACUGCGCCCCGCACACAAUCAUCCCGUUCUCAAGACGCCUCUCCUUUUCCAGGACACUCCUGCCCCGUUUCCAGGUUCCCUCCGCCUUAGGUCUCCAGGUGCCUCCAACUACCUUGGGAUCUGCGGGUCCGCGCGUGCCUCUCAGAGCCUUCUCCCCGGUGUCACGGGGCGCCCCUUACUAGCCUUGGGAGCCUACGGAGCACGUCAGCCCCUGCGGACUCUCCCAGCGAAGACACGGCCGGCUGCGGACUGGAACUUGGACUGGACACGUCGAGGAGCCUCCGCUGAGCCUCGGGAGAGUGGUGUCCGCCUCCGCGCCGCGCCAGCUCGGGCAGGGACGCCGGCUUCGGGGCCCCCAUCCGGAGGCAUGUGGCUGCCGCGCAUCUCCAGCACGGCGGUGACCGUGCUCCUGCUGGCGCAGACUGGCAUCCUGCUUUUCCUAGUCUCCUGGCCCAGGCCGCCGUCCCCAGCGGUCGGCAAAGAGCGGGUGCACGUGCUGGUGCUGUCCUCGUGGCGCUCGGGCUCGUCCUUCGUGGGCCAGCUCUUCAGCCAGCACCCCGACGUCUUCUACCUGAUGGAGCCCGGCUGGCACGUGUGGACCACCCUGUCGCAGGCGAGCGCGCCGGCGCUGCACAUGGCCGUGCGCGACGUGGUGCGCUCCGUCUUCCUGUGCGACCUGGACGUGUUCGACGCCUACCUGCCGUGGCGCCGCAACCUGUCGGACCUCUUCCAGUACGCGGUGAGCCGCGCGCUGUGCUCGCCGCCCGCCUGCGGCGCCUUCCCGCGCGGCGCCAUCAGCAGCGAGGCGGUGUGCAAGCCGCUGUGCGCGCGGCAGCCCUUCAGCCUGGCGCAGGAGGCCUGCCGCGCCUACAGCCACGUGGUGCUCAAGGAGGUGCGCUUCUUCAACCUGCAGGUGCUCUACCAGCUGCUCAACGACCCCGCGCUCAACCUGCGCAUCGUGCACCUGGUGCGCGACCCGCGGGCCGUGCUGCGCUCGCGCGAGCAGACGGCCAAGGCGCUGGCGCGCGACAACGGGAUCGUACUGGGCACCAACGGCACGUGGGUGGAGGCCGACCCCGGCCUGCGCGUGGUGCGCGAGGUGUGCCGCAGCCACGUGCGCAUCGCCGAGGCCGCCACGCAGAAGCCGCCGCCCUUCCUGCAAGGCCGCUACCGCCUGGUGCGUUUCGAGGAUCUGGCGCGGGCGCCGCUGCCCGAGAUCCGCGCGCUCUACGCCUUCGCCGGCCUGAGGCUCACGCCGCAGCUCGAGGCCUGGAUCCACAACAUCACGCACGGGGCCGGGCCGGGCGCGCGCCGCGAGGCCUUCAAGACCUCGUCCAGGGACGCGGUCAAUGUCUCCCAGGCCUGGCGCCACGCGCUGCCCUUCGCCAAGAUCCGCCGCGUGCAGGAGCUGUGUGCUGGCGCGCUGCAGCUGCUGGGCUACCGGCCCGUCGCCUCCGAGAGCGAGCAGCGCGACCUCGCCCUGGACCUGGUGCUGCCGCGCGGCCCUAGCAGCUUCAGCUGGGCGUCAUCCACUGCGGCACACCCCUAACCUUAGCGGAGGCCCCCACUUGUGGCGCUGGGGAGGGAGCCGGGCACACGGGGCGCAGGCCGCUUUGGGAGGGGCCAGGAGUUUGGGAGUCCUCCUCUGUAGUAUGAAUGGACUGAGUCCCCAGAGCUCCAUGUUUCUUCCUGCUUCUGAAUUUUCUUUUGAGUCCUCCUUAGCAGCUGGGUUCCCAUCAGGCGCACACUUCAUCGAAAGCAAAGCUGUGUCCACACUUCCUCUGGGCACGGGGAGUAAGUUCAGACCGCUUGGCUGCUCCUCGAGUCCUUUCUUCCUCGGUCUCUUUUCCUUUUGGAUGCAUCAUCCAGCCCCUGAGAAGGGGGUCCCAGCCCUGCCUGGGAGCAGAGAAGAGGCACUGCGGUGAGCUGGCCCCUGAAGUCUGUAUACCUCCCCACCCCCCAUGUCCCACCACCACACUCUAUCGAAGAUGUUGGCGUUUAUAUUCACUCGUUUCUUUCAGAAAGAAAUCAGACAAGAUGCCUCUUCUCUUGUGGUCUCCCUGUAGCCUCUCUGCCCCAUCUCCUGGGAGCCCACAUACCCGCAUCACCUGCCCAGCUAACUGGGGUGAACGUUUGAUUUGUCUUGACAGUAACGAUCCUACCUACAGAAAUAGGCAUAAUAAUCUUGUGAUACUAGACUUUACAGUCUGUAUGGUUUGACGAGCAAAACACAAAACUGAAGGGGCUUGUCCAAGGUCACACAAUAGGACGAAGGGAGGAGGGGGGUUUUGCUCUGAGACUACAGUUGCAAGGAGAGGGUGGAUCAGGCUGGCGACCUGUCUCCCUCAUGAAGGAAGGUCAGAUUUUUCCCAUCUGUUUGCUUGAGGGAGGAGCAAGCCGCCAUGGCCACAGCUGCAGGAUACAGGUGGUGAUGAGAUAUCUGGGCCCAGAGUGCAGAACCUUAGAGAACCUCCCAGAUAAGCCUGGAGGGAGGCAAUGAGGGGGAAAGGCAGAGGUAGAGGGAGAAAGGAAGAAGGGGGUGGGGAGCUCCCAGAACCUCUGGGAAGAACAGGGACACAGAAUUGAGCACACACAAACUUUGGGGCACGGACUUGGUGCCGGGACUGACAGUUGUCAGCUGAGUGUGCCCAUUACCUCUGGAAACUAGUGGGCUGCCUCUCUCUGGCCAUCAGUUGCUAGAAGGGAUAUUCUGGAGGUUGCUAGCUUCUUUUUCUCAGCCCAAGUGUGGCCUUGGAUUGGUGGGACCUCGAUUGUGGACCCCCAUCCUUGCUGCAAAGCAGGAGCUCACCUUCUCCCUUUGCUCCUUCCCCUGGUCCUGCUCAAGCUCUCUCUCAAAUAAAUAAAUAAAAUCUUUUUUUUUUAAGAUUAUUUAUUUAUUUGACAGAGAGAGAGAGAGAGCACAAGCAGGGGGAGCAGCAGGCAGGGGAGAAGCAGGCUCCCCGCUGAACAAGGAGCCCGAUGCGGGGCUUGGUUCCAGGAUUCUGGGGUCAUGCCCUGAGCUGAAGGCAGCCGCUUAACUGACUGAACCACCCAGGUGCCCCAAAUAAAGUCUUUAAUAAAAAAAACAAAAAAACAAAAACCUGAAUUUAUCAAUGGGGACUGCAACUUAGGCUCAGGUUACAUAGCUUCAUAUAUGGGAUAGACCUCAAACUCCCAUCUCUGACUUCAGCGCAUACAGUUCUAACUGAACUGGGGAUGAAGUAAAGGAUCCCACUACAGGCUUGGAAAGCCAGAUCACUUCCCCCGGUAGUGACAGGGAUGUCGAGGUGUGAGGGAGUGAGCCAUCCUGGCAUUUGGCUGCAAACAUCUCAAGGACCAGAAUGUUGAAGGGUAUGGUAUGUGGUAGGCUGGGGCAUUGGGGCCCCUACUGUUGACCCCUUUUCUCUCUGCCUGCAGCUCCCUGUGCUGUCCCCUGGGGAUAAAAGUAGCCUGCUGGCCUCCCUGGAAGGAGUGCAAUGUCAAGUGGAGGAGUCAGCCUAGGAAUGGUGCUGGACAAUGUGGUAUGUUCAGGCAAAGAGGAUCAAGCAAGAGGUUCAUGGUGCCAGAGGCCAAGAAUAGGGAGACACUGAUCCCUUGUGGGGUCCAGGAAGGCUUAGCCUGAUAGUGUCAUCACACAAGUUUCAUUUGCCCCUGCUCCAGUCACAGAUUAUAUUGAUGGCAACAAUUAAUGGUCUUUGCUGUGUGAUUCAUCCAUUCUGGCUGGACCUCCCAGCUCCCAGAAAGCUCCCAGAAAGGGGAUAACAGGCUCCCAGACUUUGCUCCCUGCAUAUAAUGGACUCUGGGCAAGCCUCUGGGUGAGUUCCCUGGCAUAUCUGCUUCAAAGCAAGCCUGGGGGUGAACCCAGAUCAGGUUUCAGAACAAGGACAGGCAGUAUCCAAUUGAGUGCUUCAAUGAGUCAGGCCAGUUCAGACCCUGGGGACAUACUGGGGGACACAGCAGUCACAGACCUUGCUCUUGUGGGGAGGGCAGACCCAAAAUAAAUAGUCCCACAGAUAAACAUGCAAACACAAAAAUGUCAAUUAUGCUCUAAAGAGGAAAUCAGAAUGGGGAGAGGAUGACCUACUUUAGUAUGGGGAGUCAGGAGGACCUCUUUGGAGAGGAACAUUGAUUUGAAUACAUGAAUGAUGGACAGGAGCUCAUCAAGCACGGGGUGAAGAAAAGGAGCCAGAGAAAGAGUGAGGGAUUGGUCUCCUUGGAAUCAAAUUCCCUUGACAAAAUUAAAAACUCACACCUGGGAAUUUAGGCUCAUGAGAUGAGAGAAGCCCUCAAGAGGUGACCAAGUUUGUGUGACUCUAGUAAAGAUUGCUAGAAGUAGAAAUGCUGGAUCAAAGAGCAUGUCUUUAAAUGUGAAACUGCGAAAUUAAAGACAGAGUAACAACUUACACCCUCCAGGAUGGGGUCAAGAAUGCCCUUCCCAUCCCUCUCCAACUAACCACCCCCACCCCACCACCAUCACC